UCUGCACAUAAUUAGAAUACAUUUUGCUUAACUGGAUCUUACUGUUAAGAUUCCCUUACAUGUCCAUAUAUAUAUAUAUAAGGACUUGUGAUGAUCACUGCAUAUAGAAGAAGAAUUCCUUUGCUUAAGAACAUACGCAGUAGAGUUGCUUCAAUUCAGAGGGAUUUGGAAAUGAAGAUCGAGGCUAGCAUUCUCCUGUUGGUCUGUAUAGUAUUAGGCAUUCUUGGAGUCUGUCAUGGAGGCAGCAGCUGCCUCAGGAAGACUUUCUAUAAGAAAACCUGUCCACGCGCAGAGAUGAUUGUCAAGAAUGUCACAUGGAAACAUGUCUCCACGAAUCCCAACUUGCCGGCAAAGCUGCUGAGAUUGCAUUUCCACGACUGUUUUGUUAAUGGUUGCGAUGCAUCAGUUUUAUUGAACUCAACAGCAAAUAACACUGCAGAGAAGGACGCAAUACCAAACUUGUCUUUGUCAGGCUUUGAUGUUAUUAACGACAUUAAAGCUAGACUUGAGACGGAAUGCCAAGGAGUUGUAUCAUGUGCUGAUAUCGUGGCUUUGGCUGCCAGGGACUCCGUUUCAUACCAAUUCCAAAAACCAAUGUGGGAAGUGCUUACAGGUAGAAGAGAUGGCAAUGUUUCAAGCAACACAUCAGCCUUAAUGAACCUUCCACCGCCUAACUUUAACUUCACCCAGCUCAGCGUUUCCUUUGCCCGCAAAAAUCUUAACUUGCAGGACCUCGUCGUAUUAUCAGGUGCGCACACUAUUGGAGUGGGUCACUGCAUUGCAUUCACCAACAGGCUCUACAAUUUCACUGGAAAAGGUGAUCAAGACCCUUCUUUGGACCCAGCCUAUGCCGAAUUCCUGAAGACCAAAUGCCCGAGCCCUACUGACUUUAUAACAACAGUAGAAAUGGACCCCGGCAGCUUUCAAAACUUUGACAGCAACUACUAUGCUAUCCUUCUGCAGAAUAAGGGUGUCUUCCAAUCCGACGCGGCUCUUCUGAAAAACAAGCAGGCCAAAAGAAUUGUCCAGAAACUGGAUAGCCAAACCAACUUCUUUACAGAAUUUGCACAGUCGAUGAAGAGGAUGGGAGCAAUUGAGGUCCUUACUGGCACUGCCGGGGAGAUUAGGAAGCAAUGUUGGAAAGUCAAUUCUUGAGGUGCUUUAAUUAAGUUUUGGUAAUCUGUUUCAAACGUCUAAUGAAAUUGUUUGGGAUUGUUUUAUUUAUUCAUUUGAAUGUAAAACUACUCUGUUUCACUAAAUAAGUUGUACUUACGUGGUUAUUAAUUGGCCUGCAUGUCAAUGAGUUUGUAAGCUCAGAUUCUCUCUAUAUGAACCUGCUAUGUUUCUUAAUAUGUAAUGCUUUUGUAA